AUGAACAAGUCGAUUUACCUUAUUCUUGCUCUGUUGGGCGUUGCAAAGUUCGUUAAGUGUGAUGAAGUAGAACGACGAACUAGUCAAGAACAAAUUGAUGAGUUGAUUGAAACAGAUUCAGGAAGUACAGUGUCCCUAGAAGCUACUACAGAUAUUUUAAAUAAAAGUGAGCUUCUAGAAAGAAGUGAUAAUAACAAUAAUGCAUCGCGCACAGAAAGAUCAACAGUAAAUGAUGAUGGAACUGAAGCUAUCGAUAAAUCAACAAAAAAGGAACUUGAUAAAACUUCUCAAAGUGCUAGUAAGGAUAGUGAACUUGCUGAAUCAAAAAGUGGUGACGUAGUUGACUUAGACAAUCAAGAAAAUAAAGAUGGUAGUGAGAUGGAAUCAAAAAGUAAUGAAAAUCGGGAUAAUGACCGAUCAGAUAAUGAUCCAGGCUCUAAAGAAUAUGUUGCUAAAAUUACCCAUAAUCCUGAUAGUGAAUCUAAAUUAGAUGAUAGUUCAAAUAAUACACAAAGAUCUGAUGAACUAAUAGAUGAUCCAGAUAAAAGUGAUUCACAUUUAAAUAGUCGUACUUCAAAUAAUCAUUCUUCAGAUGAAAAUAUAGACAUAGCUGUUGAAAGUUUGGGAAGAACUUCUUCGAAAAAUGAUGCAAAACUAGACAAAUCUGAUUCCAAUUUAUUAAAUAUUGGACAGACUAGAAGAAUGUUAAGCCCUGUUCUAGAGGAAACUGCUAAUGCUCUAAAAACUUUAGCAAGUGUAACACAAUAUGUGAAAGCUGGGGCCCAGCCUGAUUAUGUCUCAAGGACUAUGAGUAAUAUUAAUGACUUUGAUAGUCGCCGAAGCUAUGCAGCUGAAUUAGACACUUCGAAUGCUUAUCGAACACUAUUAAGGUCUGAUCCGUUUAGUCAUGCCCUUCAAAAUUAUCGUAAUCCCGGUACAUUGGUUACUCCAAUUGUAACGAAAAUUGCUAAGAAAAAUAUGUAUAGUGCUCAUGAUGCUAAUUCAAGAAAACUAUUUGAGAAACCUUUAAGAAGAGCUACCGAUCUAAGCAAAGAUGAUAGUUUAUUCGAAAGUUCCUUUGGAAGUAAUGAGUUAUACAAUAAUGCUUAUCCUUUUGCACCUAGUGAAGCUAAAAGCGGGAGAGUACCUAAGCCACAGUUCCCUUUUAAUGCUCCAAACACAAAUAUAUUUAAACCUUAUACUAAACAUCAAAUUCCUCACUACCCGGAAAUUUAUAAACCAUAUAAUCCUAGCUACUUAAAUGUUGGUUACGGUCAGUACGGCGUUACCAGAUUUCGUUGA